UUCGUAGUGGGGAUCACGUGUGACUGAGGGAUUUAUAUAGCAGAAGAAAUGCUUGCCACGCCAGCAUUUCAAGUUCGAGUGAUGAAACCGUAUGAUCGUUAAAGUUUCUGAUUUCAAGUUAGAUAUAUCACUGGUGAAGCUGUCCUGUAUUUAUCAAGUUUAUUAGAUUCUUCAAUACAUUCGACAAUCAUGCUGAAACACGUCGUACUUCUUAGCAUCGUAUUUUGCUCGGUACAAUCACAACGACCGUGGCAUGCUGGUAGUAGUAGCAAUCGUUUACCUCAGGUUCUGCCUCAGUAUCUUGAUGAGCGAAUAGCAGCGGAACAACAAACGGUCCAGACGAGCCCAGUGAAUCAAGUAAGUCCCGCAAAUCAAGCGAUUCCAGUGAAUCCAGCGGGUACAGCGAGUCAAGCAGGUCAAGGAACUCAGGCUGGUGUUCUUGGAACAAAUUUGCUCGGAAAUCGAAUCGGGAGUGACACAGCUGCGACUGGUGCAUCUACACCAGCUCUAAGUACAACCACUAUAAUUCCACUCGAUCUACCAGUGGAUGCACAUGGUGACAUCGAUUUAGUGAAUAGAAUUAAGACCUGGCCGAGGGACAAGCAACCUUUCUGGUACAUUAAUUGGCAAGCAAUUCAGGCCCAUCGUGGUGAUGCAAACAACAACGCUCAACCGGCUCAGAUACAACCAAAUCCGAUGUCGUUCUUCGCAGGUUAAAACAGCGAAUCAUGAAUUUUAAAUGGAACAUAUCGAACAAGACUGUAAAAUUAAGCAUUUUUUAGCACUAUAGAAUAAGAAUGUAAUUGCAAAUAUUUAUAGCCGCUGAACAGCGGUUACUCCUAGUCAAAAUAGACUUUCUGGAGAGAUGUACGAAUCCAUGGUUUUCGACAAGUUAUCAUUCAAAAUUACAAUACCGGUCAAACAUAUUGCAUCACUUUUAAAAAUAGGGAAA